UUAACCCUCGAUACCAAGGUGCCCUUUAUUGUACCUUUGAAGUUUGAACCCUUUCACGAUACAUCUUUGCAGCAACUUCCAAUGCUCUCGCUCGCGAGAAAAGCUCGGGGCCUCAGUCAACUCCAAUUUACCGCCUUCCAACUCCGAUCUGCCCGAACCGAUGCCGAUUCUGGCCCAAGGCGCCGGCGGUCCAAAUUCUCGCCAUCGUCUAUGCUGAGAAAGACUGACGAUAAGUCCGAUUGGUGGGUGGUGGACGGCGAAAUGCACGAGAUAGGAGAGAACGUGCCUCCCAGAGAGCGGUUUGUGAUUCCAAGAGAUAAUAUUCCCAACAAGAGACGCAAACAGCUCCGCGAACAGUUCAUGCGUCGCACGCGCCUCGUUCUGAAAGAAUCUGAGCAUGAACCUUGGUGCAAAAGAUAUAUGGAACUAUAUAAUGAGAUGAGGGAGAACUGGGAGAGGUUGUACUGGGAUGAGGGUUAUUCCAAGAAGCUCGCUCAAGAUCAUGCAAAUUACGAGUCUGCUGAAGAUGAUGAUGAAGAUUUUAAUCCAUAUAGGAAAAGGCAACCCCAAGUUGAGCAAAUGAAGGAUCAAGGCGUGGGGAGAAACAGGAGAGAUGAUACCUGGGAAAAGGUUGGCCAAAUCCGUGAUAAAUUUGAAUAUGACAGAGAGAGAAGAAUGAGAGAAAAAGCUUUUGCCCCUAUGAAUGGAGGAAAUGAUUUUGACACGAAUGAUUCAGUUUCAAGGAACAAGCCUUUUGACAUUCGGAGAUAUAUCUCUGGGAGUGAUAGUGAUUGAGAAACUGGCCAUAAUUAUUGGAAAACAUCCCAUAUGGAGCCCAAGCUGGUUGCUCGACUGACAUAAAAGGUGAAUAAUCAUCUUCUUUCUUGACCAAUGAUUCCAUCUCUCUCUUCUUCUUCAUCAGAAUUGAUUUCUAGUGUUUCUUCAUCUUCGUCAUAGGGCACCAGUGUUUCAGUUGAUUCAUCUUCUAGUUCAUGCACUUUUGUUUCUUUAACGUUUGAUGAUACAUUUGUUUGCUCGGCUUGGCUUGGCUUGGCUUUUCACCUCUUCCACUGGAGCGACAUCUACCUGUACAAAUAUAUGUUGUAACUGAAGAUUCGUACAUGAUAUCUGAACAAGAAUAAAGAUAUUACUAGAUAGUAUUAAAGAAGAAAGAGAUUAAAUUUUGUUUGUUAUGCUACAUGCACCAAGUAUUUAAACUAGAAUGAUAAAAUGAACAUUUUAACUUGUUA